GUCACACUGCCACCUGCUGGUGCAGGGUGGAACAGCAGCCCAGGACAAUGAAUUAGCUUUAGUGCUAACCAAGGCUUGGAAAUGCGUGGGAGUGACAAACAUCUACACACACACCACCAUUCAACUCUCUCUGACUCUCAUCAGGGCAUGUUGUGUGGGGUCUCGAGAGCCUAGCAGACUGCUAAUGGGAUUUCAAGAGCUUUAAGAGAAUAACAAGAAUUAGUGCAGAGAGGAGGGAGGAGGGUGACACAGUAAGAGAGAAAGAGAACGUGACAGACACAACGAGAGAGGGAGACACAGAGAGCCUGCCUGCCUACUUGCCUGCGGAUCACUGCAGAGCUGCUGUGAUGGACUCUCUGAGCGCUGCGCUGGAGCAGAUGAAGGCGAGUGGGGGGAUAGAGGAAGAGGAGGAGCUCCGAACACACCUCGACACCCUGCUGAGAGCACUGGAGGAGAACAGAGAGGGUGCUGCUGAGCAGAUCGUGGCGAGCAGUAUUCUCCCUUCGCUGGCUGCAAUCCUGCGCAGGGACACAUCCCUCACUGCCCAGGCCACACUGGUGACUGCGGAGCUGGCCAAACACGCGGACGUGCGGGAGCCCUGUAUUGAGGCUGGGUUCGUCUCGGCUCUGGUUCCCCUGCUGGAGACGUCAGACCAGGAACUGCUGCUGCACACAGGCCGGGCCAUCGGAAGAAUCUGCUUUGACAACAGCUCUCAGCAGGAGGCUCUGGUGCAGUGUGGGGUGAUUCCUCGGCUGGUUGGGAUCAUGAAGCAGUUUCCUGAGAAUGAUGUCCUGGUCAACGUGUGUCUGCUGGCACUCUGCAACUUGGCUGACCUGGACUCUGCGAGGGAAGCUCUCAUCAAUAUGCACGUGGCUGAGGUGCUGACAGUGCAGCUGCGCCGCGCUCCCAAUGCAGAGAGAAGACACGUCAUACUGGAGGUGCUGGGAGCACUGGGAGAGAGCGACUCUCUGAAGCUGCAGUUUGUAGACUUGGAGGUCCCAGAGGCUCUCUCGGAGAUGAUUAAGGAGCUGCAGGAUGGCACGGACCUCCCCGACCUCUGCAGCAUCAAGAUCGCAUCCAGCCUCAUCGUGUCCCUGUUGCUGGGGGAUGAGGCGAUGCAGAAGUGUUUUGGGGAUGGCUCAGCGACGGUGUAUCGGGACAUCUUGUCCUGGCUGCAGUCCCCCAACAUCCAAUUGCAGCUCUCCGGGGCGCUCGCUAUCGCCAACUUCGCCAGGAACGAUGGUAACUGUAUCCGGAUGGUUGACUCAGGGGUUGUCUCUCCGAUUCUGGACCUGCUGGAGCGCCACGUGGACGAAGGGGAUGUGUCUGUCCAACAUGCUGCACUGAGCGCACUCAGAAACCUGGCCAUCCCUGCGGUCAAUAAGGUGCGGAUGCUGCAUGACGGGGUCUCAGAAAGGAUUCGGAAGCUGCUGCGCUCUGAGAUGCCCCCGGUCCAGUUCAAACUGCUGGGGACGCUGCGCAUGAUGGUGGACGGACAAGAGGAGGCAGCAGCAGUGCUGGGGCAGGAUGAAGCUCUCCUAUCCAGGGUGAUGCAGUGGUGCGAUGCCCGGGAUCACGUCGGGGUGCGUGGAGAGGCCAACAGACUGCUGGCAGCCCUGAUCAGACACAGCCGGGCACCUGAAGUGGUUAAAGCAGUGACCCGGGCAGAGGGGGUGCAGCACCUCAUCACCAUGGCGAUGAACGAGCAUGUGAUCAUGCAGAAUGAAGCGCUGGUGGCACUGGCCAUCGCCUCCACCAUUGACAUCGACGCGGUGGAGGAGCCCUUCAUGUCAGCCGGUCUGCUCUCCACGCUGCAGCAGAUGCUGGAGGACCCUGUGGCUGCGGUGGAGGUGAAGUUCAGUACAGUGGGGCUGGUGUGCAGCCUGGCCAACUCAGUGGAGUUGAGGUCUCAGAUGGACGCUCUGGCUCUGAGGGAGACUCUGGGGAAGCUAAGUAACCAUGGCAACACCAAGCUGGCAUCACAGGCUGACACAGCUCUGAGCAUCCUCGCCGAGACCAGCUGAACAGAAACAGCGACCCAGUACCCUGCCAGCAGACCCAGCCCACCCCACCCCAGAACCCCUCCAAAACCAGCCCAACCCAAGAACAGAACCAGCAACCCAACUCAUAAUGACACCUGCUACCCCCUGGAACAGACUCCACCCCCCAGAGACCUCACAAUCCCUGACCCAUUACCCUCCAGGCAGAACCACAGCACUAGCAGAGUCAGACCAACACAGACCCGAGAACUACCGAGAUCCAACACCGGCAACCUGAACAGUGACCAGACAUUCUCCCAACAGAACCUGACCCGACAGCAUCUGGAACAGAACCCCAGAAUGGAGCAUUCUAAUCAAUACCAGCCUGACCCUUUACCUACAGAACCACUAACCCAACUCUCACACAAACACACACUCCACCAGCAGCCUGUUCACAUAGGAAUCCCACACAGCAGGACGAGGUGAUUGGGCUUUUAGAACACUUUAUAACAUUAUACACAGUUCAUGCUUUUUAGAUUGUUAUAUUCCCUUUAAUGCAAAAAAACAAAAACAUUUACAUAAAUAAAAUAAAUCUGACAAAGAAGAAUUCAUUAAAAAAUGGUGACUGAGAGGGCUGGUCUAUGCUGCUGCCACAUCACAGAAAGAAUCGGACAACAUCAACCCCAGAAUGGGAGCGUUUCUCUCACAGCCGGCUCCUAAUACACCUCCAGUGGAUUACAUCCCAAUUCAAGCACACGUGCAUUUUGAGAAGCAAUACAAUGAACAGUAAUAAAAGCUACAUGUAGA